AACAUGCAAAGUGAUUGCAACUGAGUGUAAGACACUUGACUGCCAUAAGGCUAUCAUCCAAUGUUAGACACACCCUGCUCAACUGACGCUGGUGUGGUAUAACAGGGAAGACCUGGGGCUAUAGUUGCAUAAACCACUGAGCAGAGUUCAUUCAUUGUGAGAUCACAGGUCGAGAGGAUGACAGCUCUAUUGUACUGCGCUGUGUUAUUAUGUCUGUCUGGAUGUUUGAGCACAACAGACGCUGCUCCAGGACAAAACGUCACAGUGGCCAGUCAUUCUGUGGGGAAGGUGAUGGUCGUGGAGUCCAGUCGAGGAUGUGCUUCUGAUAAAGACUGCUCUGGAGGAUACAGAUGCUCUGGGGCUGUGUGUGUGCCGCCUGCUUUCACAAAGCCAGGAGUGUGUCCACGCAGAAAAUCUGGAGCAGGAGUGUGUGCCGAGUACUGUGCCAAUGACAGUGACUGCCCCAACAAUAAGAAAUGCUGCAGCAAUGGAUGUGGACAUGAAUGUACAGCUCCAUAUACAGUAAAGCCAGGAGUGUGUCCACGCAAACAAUAUGAAGCAGCAGUGUGUGCCCUGAUACGUUUCGUGUCGUGUGCCGAUGACAGUGACUGUGCCAACAAUGAGAAAUGCUGCAGCAAUGGAUGUGGACUUCAGUGUAUGGCUCCAUAUACAGCAAAGCCAGGAGUGUGUCCACUCAAAAAUUAUGAAGCAGAAAUGUGUGCCCGGAUACGUUUCAGGCCCUGUGCCGAUGACAGUGAAUGUCCCAAGAAUGAGAAAUGCUGCAGCAAUGGAUGUGGACGUCAGUGUAUGGCUCCAGUUACAGCAAAGCCAGGAGUGUGUCCACUCAAAAAUUAUGAAGCAGAAAUGUGUGCCCGGAUACGUUUCAGGCCCUGUGCCGAUGACAGUGAAUGUCCCAAGAAUGAGAAAUGCUGCAGCAAUGGAUGUGGACGUCAGUGUAUGGCUCCAGUUACAGUAAAGCCAGGAGUGUGUCCACGCCGAUAUUAUAUAGUACCAAUGUGUGAAGAGUACUGUGUCAAUGACAGUGACUGUCCCAACAAUGAGAAAUGCUGCGGCACUGGGUGUGGACAUGAAUGUAUGCCUCCAGUUAAAGUCAUUAUGGCCUACUGAAGAGGACUCCAAAUACUGUUCCCAUGAUGGUCAGUGCCCUGCUGAACAGAAAUGUUCCUCAAACAUGCAUGCAGUGAAACUGCCGAUUUAAUCACCGUAAAGAGUAGUGAGAUUGAUUUUGCAUAAUACAUACUUUCUUACAUUCUUUUACUUAAAUCAAUCAAGUUGUUCAUUUCCUUUUCUUUCAGGCUUAACAUUUGUAUGCUUUUGAAAACAAAAUAUACCAAAAGAAACUAAAAAUACAGAAAUUAAAUAUAAUAUCAAUUUGUUUUGCUGAAUAGCACAUAUGUAGAACCAAUCAUAUAUAUAUAUAUUAAAAAAAAAAGUUCUUGAGUCAUGUCACCUAUCCUACAUAUAAACUGUUGUAUUCUUUUUGCCGGUGGGAUUUUCUGUGAUUGAUAUGAUAUCCUCCCGGCUGUGAUUAAAGCAUAUUCAAAGGCA